UCAUACAAGUUUUUUUGAUGAUAGAAAAAAAAAUAUCAAAUUCUUAAAUAUAUCAAGUUCUAAUUUUCGAACAAUCGAAAAACCAAUCACUAUGGAAAACUUUUUCAUUCAUUAUUCAUUCAAUGAUUAUACGUACGUUGCAUUGCAAGCCGGCCGAUCACUGUAUGACGAUUCUGUAUUAAAAAUUAGACAAAUUGAUGAAAAAAAUGACACAAAAUUCAAUAGAUCAAUCAAAAGAUUUGCUCAUCAGUCUGGCAAAAAAUCUUAAUUAUCGUGUUGCUCAAGAAAAUGGUCAACGUAUUUUCGGCCCACCAUUAGAUUGGAAUGAAGAAUCGAUAAUAUCGGAAAAAGGUACCGAAGUUUUUGUUGGUAAAAUUCCACGCGAUUGUUUUGAAAAUGAAUUGAUUCCAUUGUUUGAAAAACCGGGCCGUAUUUAUAAGAUGAGAUUGAUGAUCGAUUUUUCAGGAAAAAAUCGUGGUUACGGAUUUGUGCAAUAUUUUAAUAGAAAAGAUGCACAACGAGCUAUAGAAAUGUUGAACCAUUUUGAAAUUCGUAAACGAUGGCCAAUCGGUGUGAUGCUUUCGCGUAACAAUAAUCGUUUGUUUUUCGGUAAUCUUCCCAAUGACAUUACCAAACAGGAAAUGAUUGAUGAGGUUGCCAAACAUACUUCGGGUAUAAUUAAUGCUAUCUAUUAUGGUGGUUCUACUCGAACAAAUGGAUUUGGUUUUGUUGAAUACGAAAAUCAUAAAAUGACUGCUUUGGCUCGGCGAAAAUUUUUUCCUGGCUCUAUCCUGUUGUUUGAUCGCCAGCCAAAAGUUGAUUGGGCCAAAUCGGAAGAAGAAAUUGAUGAUGAUUUUGCAUCCAAUAAUUCAGUACUUUAUGUACGUUUCAUUAAACCAGAUAUAACUGAAGAAAAUCUAAAGAAAUUUUUCUCAUUCAUUAACAAUGGCCAAACUUUACUUAAUAUAAAUCGUGUCAAAAAGAUUAGAAAUUUUGCCUUCAUCCAUUAUGAAAAUCCUAAAGAUGCUCAAAUGGCUUAUAGUUAUUUCCACAGAAUAGAAAUUAAUCUAGGACAAACAAUGAUCAACGAAAUUGAUCAAGAAUUGGAGAUUAAAUGGGCUAAAAAUAAAUCAAUCCAUUCGUCAUCCGUAUCACCAACCAAUUGUAUGCGAUCACCGAGAAGCAAAGAAUUUUCUUCACAACCACCAAGAUAUUAUCGAGAUUCUAAUAGAAAAAGUUUUGAUGAAUUUAAUAAUUAUCUUUGUGAUGGUGGUGAUAGACCAAUGAAACAUUUUUUUAGCUGUAAUGGUGAUUCAACAACUGCCAUCGACAACAACAUCAACAUUGGUGCAAUGAAUUUUAAUCAAUCUAAUUUUAUGCAUCCAUAUACGUUUGUUUUGAAUCCAUUAAUUUUUAAUGCACCUGAAAUUAUUUUCACUUGAUUUUUUUUUUUAAAAUUUUCAUUUGUCGUAAUUAUUCUGAUGUUUGCGAAUAAAAUAAAAUUUUAAAU